UUUUUUUUUUGCAACUGUAUCUAAAGUGACGUUUAAUUGCAACAAGUAUAGAUUUUUGCACGUGACUUUAGACGUUUCAUAUUUUUCCCGCAUGUUUUAUAUAAAACAAUAACAAUUGCGUCGUGCUCGUGGUAUUAAUACUUUUUUUAAAUAAAAAUGGCGAGUACUGCAGUUGUAGCUGGUAUAGGACUUGCGGUGAUAGGAUUCACUGGUAGAUAUAUUUUGAAAUCAAUGCCGACGUUGUCAAAACGAAUGGCAGAAGCAUACAAAACUUUACCGAAAUUAGAUUCGCAGUCAUUAGCUAACAGCAAAUAUUACAAAGGAGGAUUUGAAGCGACGAUGACCAAAAGAGAAGCGAGUUUGAUACUAGGAGUUUCACCGACAGCAAAUAAAGCCAAAGUCAAGGAACGUUUCAAGAAAGUCAUGUCUGCUAAUCAUCCAGAUCGUGGUGGAUCUCCUUACAUAGCAGCCAAAGUAAACGAAGCUAAAGAUUUGAUGGAAAAAUAGAGAUACUGUUUAUUUUUAAAAAUUUAUUAGGCAACUAAAUAAUGUACAUACUUGAUUAAAAAAAAAAUUAAUUAUAGAUCUUAAUAAAAUCAUGAUUACACUUAAUUAGUACGAGUUAAAAUUAUCGAUCCAGCGAUUUACACAAUUAAUAGAGAGUAAAAUAUUAAAAUAACAAUUUUUAAAGCUAUAGAACACUGAAUUAUUUAUACAACUGUCUAAAAAGUCAACAAUUAAUUCAAACAUUUAAAUUGAGUUACCAAAAUAUUGUUGAUUUGUUUGUAAAUACGUAUAUGUAAUUAAAAAAAAAACCUUUUUUUAAAA